GGAAGGACUUUGAGAAAAGAACAUUACUUGCAAACAAGAAUGUUUAUCUGUUCUUGAGAAGGAACAGAGCUCAGAAUGCUCCAACCCAAGAGUAGAUUAAGACAUCAUCAGUAAGUUACUUCUGAUUAGUAAGUCACUUCUGCACAUAAUGUUUUGCAAGCUUAUAGACCUGAGUCAUUGCUGUUGGAAUAUUCUUUGUUCAUAAUACUAUAUAAAAGACUGCUGCAUUCUUCUUCUUCCUUGCUCAUGCUGACCUGCGUUUGAGUUCUUUGCGUCAAUUGGCUGAGUUGGCAGGAUUCAGCACUGAAGGAUAAAACACCUUUUUGGAGUACCUUCAAGACUUAUCAAAUUGCAGAAUGAGCAACCCGUUUGUCAGACAAUUUCAGGAGCUGUCAAUGCAGAGAAACUUUACGAUGACAACGAGAACAGCAGACCCCCCAACAUGGAGACAGAUGAAAAGAUUGACUCGAGAAGAUAAAAAACCCCUUCAAAAGGCAAAUCAGCCUUUAAAUCCUGUUAAUAUUUUAUUAGCUAUGCUUGCAGUUAUUGACUGCCAGGCAAAUUCAGUUUCUGCUCAUUCUUUUGCUUAUUGGGCCUAUGUACCUAAUUCUCCUUUGGUGCGAAGUGUUUCCUGGGGAGAACCUGAAGUUUGUGUAUGUACUAAUAAUACUAAUUUCUUAUCCCCUCCUGAAUAUGGGGGAAUUGAAGAUAUACCAUUCCAUAAAAAUCUAUAUAAUAUUUCUAAUAUAACUAUAGAUGUUGAAGGAGUCCCAUUGUGUAUAGGGGCUCAUUCUUUCAGUUUACCUGUUAUAGCACAUAAUGAUUCUCAUUCUUAUAAUACUUGGGGAAUUAAUUAUCGAAGUUAUUCUACUGCUGUUUUUACUGUCAUGAUAUCAUCCCAAGAGUUUAAUAUCUCUAAUAUGUAUAUUAUUCAAUCAUUGUUAAUGUCUGAAGAAUGUUUUGUUAGAACUCAUCUUCCUUUAUGUUCAACUAAAUAUUUUGAAGCCUUAUUAACUCAUUUAGAGUGGGAAAAAUGUCGUGAUCAUCACCCUAAAAUGGUAGUCAAAAAUCAAAAUAUUACAAUAGUAGAUUGGAGUACUGAUCAUUCUGAAUUAAUAGAAAGUUGGUCAAAUCGUACUUUAAGAUGGCAUCAACAUAAUGGGACAAUAAAUGCUUGGGGUAAUGAGACAAUUAAAAUGCAACAUUAUGCUUUGGUCCCUCCAAUGUUACAGCAUAUACAGUUUUCCAAUGUUCAAGGGGAUAUAUGGAAAUUAUGGACAGAAUCUGGGAAACUCACUGUUUGGACUAGGAAUUUCAUGUUAAAUGUAUCCCAUUCCUAUCCUUUCAAAGUACAUCUACAUAAUAAUCUAACUUAUUUUGCAUCCACAUGUGUAAAAUUCCCUUAUUCUCUAAUGAUUGAAAACUGGGUAUGUAAUGAAACUCGGGGAACAAUAUCAUGUGAAGAUGAUAAUCUUACUCAAUGUGUAAAUAGAACUAAUUGGGAUUUAAUGGAAUCUAAUAAUUAUUCUUUAGUUAUUGUUAAAGCUCACAUGGAGUUGUGGAUACCUGUUAAUUUGACUCUCCUUGGUCUGAUUCUUUGCCUGUUACUCCUUUGUACAAUGCUGUUCAAGUUUUAUUACAUUGCUUUCAACGAUUGAUAGGAAUAGUUAUAGCUUCAAUCCUUGUAGUCGCUUCUGUUACUGCCACAGCUGCUAUAGCUGGCGUUGCUUUAUAUCAAGGCACGCAAACUGCGGAUUUCAUGUGAACAUGGCAUCAGGAUGCUCACUUGUUAUGGCUAAAACAAAAAGAUUUAGACUCUCAAAUAGCUACGGAUAUGAUAAAUUUACAACAUACUGUUUCCUGGCUUGGUGAUCAAGUGACUAUUUUGGCUACCAGAAGUGUUCUGAAGUGUGACUGGAAUUCUUCUCAUAUUUGUGUGACUCUUGUACCAUAUAAUACCAGUGAUUCUUGGGAAACCAUUAAAAGAUGGUUAAUUGGACAUCAAAAUUAAACUUUAGAAAUUAUGGAUUUGGAAAAAUCUAUUAUGGACACUUUUAGUAAGACAUUAUCUGAUUUGACAGAAUCUGACAUUUUAUAAGGAUUGUCUUCAAGUAUUGCUAAUUUGAAUCCUUUAAGUCAUUUCUCUACCUUGUUGUCAACUUCUUUUGGUAAUACUGUAAUAAUUUUUAUUUUAUGUUUUGUUUUGUAUUUAGUCUUCCAAAGCUGGAAAAGGCAAAGGCAACUGAAACAUGAAACCUCUCUAAUCGCUUCUGCUUUGGUUCAUUUACAAAAACAAAAAGAGAGAGAUGUAGAGAAUCAGACUGACUGCAUGUGUGCUUGCAAACAAGACGCUUUGCAGUCUUUGGUGGAGCUUGCCUGCAAACAGGAUGUUCUGUCAAGGAUGUAGAGAAUCAGGUAGGAUGACUGCAUGUGUGCUUGCAAACAAGAUGCUUUGCGGUCCUUGGUGGAGCCUGCCUGCAAACAGGAUGUUCUGCCAAGUGGGCUGGAAGGACUUUGAGAAAAGAACAUUACUUGCAAACAAGAAUGUUUAUCUGUUCUUGAGAAGGAACAGAGCUCAGAAUGCUCCAGCACAAGAAUAGAUUAAGACAUCAUCAGUAAAUUACUACUGAUUAAUAAAGCUACUUCUGCACAUAAUGUUUUGCAAGGUUAUAGACCUAAGUCAUUGUUGUUGGAAUGUUGCCUUCUUUGUUCACAAUACUAUAUAAAAGACUGCUGUAUUCAAUAAAGGGAGAUUCUUCUUCUUCUUCCUUGCUCAUGCUGA